GUCUGCUUGCCUUGCUUUAAACAUGGCGGACGCUUUCGGAGACGACUUGUUCAGCGUGUUUGAUGAUGAACAAACGAGUACUUCUAAAGCAAAACCUGCCCCACCAGCUGGGAAGAAGACCAGUAAAGGAAACAAACAGGGGAAGGGAAAGACUGAAGCUGCCUCUGUGAAGAAUGACAAUAAGAGAGAGGCUGACAAUGAUGGAACAGAGGAAGUUGUGUUUGGGAAGAAACCCAAACUGGAAAGCGUGUCGCCUGAAGAAUUCAACCUCGCAGACCUGAUGCCUCAGGUAAAGGUGGAGCAAGUGGAGACGUUGGAAGGCUGCACACAUGAGGUUGCUCUGCCAGCGAGUGAAGAUUACCAGCAGCUGAAGCCUCGGGUUGGAAAAGCUGCAAAGGAGUACCCGUUCAUACUGGACCCCUUUCAGAGGGAAGCCAUUCUGUGCAUCGACAACAACCAGUCUGUUCUGGUGUCAGCCCACACAUCUGCUGGCAAGACCGUCUGUGCAGAGUAUGCCAUUGCCUUGGCCCUGAGGGAGAAGCAGAGGGUGAUCUUCACCAGCCCCAUCAAGGCCCUGAGUAACCAGAAGUACAGAGAGAUGUACGAGGAGUUCCAGGAUGUGGGCCUGAUGACGGGAGACGUCACCAUCAACCCCACCGCCUCCUGCCUCGUCAUGACCACAGAGAUUUUGCGGAGUAUGCUGUACAGGGGAUCGGAGGUGAUGAGGGAGGUGGCCUGGGUCGUCUUUGAUGAGAUUCACUACAUGAGGGAUUCUGAGCGUGGUGUGGUGUGGGAAGAGACCAUCAUCCUGCUGCCUGAUAACGUCCACUACGUCUUCCUCUCGGCCACCAUCCCCAACGCCAAACAGUUUGCUGAAUGGAUUUGUCAUCUCCACAAACAGCCCUGCCAUGUGGUGUACACGGACUACCGUCCCACUCCGCUGCAACACUACAUUUUCCCAGCAGGGGGCGACGGACUUCACCUUGUGGUGGACGAGAAUGGAGAGUUCAGGGAGGACAACUUCAACACAGCCAUGGCGGUCCUCCGUGAUGCUACGGAUUCGGGGGGCAGCACCGGUGGCAAGGGGGACCCCAGAGGCAGAAGAGGCGGUACUAAAGGUCCCUCUAACGUUUUCAAGAUCGUCAAGAUGAUCAUGGAGAGAAACUUCCAACCGGUCAUCAUCUUCAGCUUCAGCAAGAAGGAGUGUGAGGCCUACGCAUUGCAGGUGUCCAAGCUGGACUUCAAUACAGAUGAGGAGAAGAAGUUGGUGGAGGAGGUCUUCAGCAAUGCUAUCGACUGCCUCUCCGAUGAGGACAAAAAACUUCCGCAGGUGGAACAUGUGCUGCCGCUGCUGAAGAGAGGCAUUGGCAUCCAUCACGGAGGCCUCCUGCCCAUCCUGAAGGAGACCAUCGAGAUCCUCUUCUCAGAGGGCCUCCUCAAGGCUCUGUUUGCCACAGAGACGUUUGCCAUGGGCAUUAACAUGCCAGCUCGCACAGUCCUCUUCACCAGCGCCCGCAAGUUUGAUGGCAAAGACUUCCGUUGGAUCUCCUCUGGCGAGUACAUCCAGAUGUCGGGGCGAGCGGGCAGGAGAGGCAUGGACGAGAGGGGCAUCGUCAUCUUCAUGGUGGACGAGAAGAUGAGCCCUGCCGUGGGCAAGCAGCUCCUCAAGGGCUCUGCGGACCCCCUGAACAGCGCCUUCCACCUGACCUACAACAUGGUGCUGAACCUGCUGAGGGUGGAGGAGAUCAACCCCGAGUACAUGCUGGAGAAGUCCUUCUACCAGUUCCAGCACUACAGAGCCGUGCCCGGCGUGGUGGAGAAGAUGCAGAAGCUGGAGGAGCAGUACAAUGCCAUUGAGAUCCCCAACGAGGAGAGCGUGGUGACGUACUACAAGAUCCGCCAGCAGCUGGCCAAGCUGGCCAAGGAGAUCCAGGAGUUCAUACGCAAGCCCAAGUACUGCCUGCCCUUCCUGCAGCCCGGCAGACUUGUCAAGGUGAAGAACGAGGAAGCAGAUUUUGGGUGGGGUGCCGUGGUGAACUUCUCCAAAAAGUCCAAUGUGAAGGCCUCGAGUGGUGAUCUGGAUCCUUUGUACGUGGUGGAGGUUCUGCUUCACUGCAGCAAAGACAGUGUGAAGAACGCUGCUACUGAGUCAGCCAGACCUGCUGGCCCUGGGGAGAAAGGAGAGAUGCAGGUGGUGCCAGUGAUGCUGCAUCUCAUCACCUCCAUCAGUUCUGUGCGUCUCUACAUCCCCAAAGACCUGCGACCCUACGACAACAGACAGAGCAUGCUCAAAUCUAUACAGGAGGUGCAGAAGCGUUUCCCAGACGGGCUGCCGCUGCUGGACCCUAUAGAUGACAUGGGCAUCAAGGACCCGGCCCUGAAGAAGGUCAUCCAGAAGGUGGAGGCCUUCGAGCACCGCAUGUACUCCCACCCCAUGCACAGCGACCCCAGCCUGGAGGCCGUCUACACACUCUGCGAGAAGAAGGCCCUGAUUGCGGCUGACAUCAAGUCUGCUAAGCGUGAGUUGAAGCGUGCUCGCACAGUGCUGCAGAUGGACGAGCUCAAGUGUCGUAAGCGCGUGCUGCGCCGCCUGGGGUUCGCCACCGCCUCCGACGUCAUCGAGAUGAAGGGACGCGUGGCCUGUGAGAUCAGCAGUGCUGAUGAGCUGCUCCUGACUGAGAUGGUGUUCAACGGCCUCUUCAAUGACCUCACGGCAGAGCAGGCCACCGCUCUACUCAGCGUCUUCGUCUUCCAGGAAAACGCCCAGGAGCUGCCCAAGCUGACAGAGCAACUGGCUGGCCCCUUACGACAGAUGCAGGAGUGUGCGAAGCGCAUUGCCAAGGUGUCGGCGGAGGCCAAGCUGGAGGUGGAUGAGGAGACGUACCUGAACGCCUUCAGGCCGCACCUCAUGGACGUAGUCUACACCUGGGCCAACGGAUCCACCUUCGCGCAGAUCUGCAAGAUGACCGACGUCUUCGAGGGGAGCAUCAUCCGCUGCAUGCGUCGUCUGGAGGAGCUCCUGAGGCAGAUGUGUUCGGCAGCCAAGGCCAUCGGCAACACCGAGCUGGAGAACAAGUUCGCACAGGGUAUCACUAAAAUCAAGAGGGACAUCGUCUUUGCUGCCAGUCUCUACCUCUGAUUCAUCUCCAGCCUCCUCAGGACUCCUUGUUUCUCGAUUCUCCUCAAUGUUCCUCCUACCGUAUUGUUCCAUGCGUUUUAGAUCAUGAUGCUUCACACGAUGACAUUGAAAUGAUUUGGAUGUUUAUUUGUGUUAAUAAGCAUAAUGGCUUUGUGGUUUUGUUUUUUUCCAUAUUCUUAUAGAAAGCGCAACAUUUUUUGUACAUACACUUUUAAACAUAAUUUUAAUUAAAAAAAACAACUGCAAAGUGA